AAACGCGCUCCGAGGCACACUCGAUCUUAACGCUCGGUCUGUAUCAGAACUUAAAAAAAAUCGUAUCCACGUGAUUCGAAUUUAAUAAAAAAAAUUUAAUCUUACCCAAAAUAAUGUUAAGUGCGAAAGUUUUUCUUUUUGGAAUUUUCUGUGCGGUGAUUUCCUCGGGGAAUUCCUCGGCUAUUCCGAUGUGGGAAUAUUUAACGCGAGACGAAAAAGUGAUGUAUCUUUUCAAUAUGUUCCAAAUUCAAGUUCAAAGUUAUUGUAAAACGGACGUGUGUAAGCAGGACUUGAAAAAUUUCGGUUGGAAGAAAUUGAAGGAGAUGAGCGAGGAUGGUUUGGACGAAAUGGAUCCGUUUCAAAGGAAUUCUAAUGAUAUAAUUUGGGAUACCGUAAUGGAGGGACACAAAAACUCAAUCAAUAAAUCAACUCGUAACGAAGAAAUUUCAACGAUCAAACCGAAUUCUUUCGAUGAUUACCUCGAAUUAGACGCUUCGGCGAAAAUUGAAACUGUAUCAAAAGUACUUCCACCGAAAGGAUUUAAUUAUAACCAACAGCCGAUGAUUUUAGUUGGGAGCGGUUCGCCCGAAUAUAAAUUAGAAUUAAAUCGGUUUAAAAAUCAAGAAAAGGAUACCUUUAGUUUCGGGCCAUCGUCGAAUAAGAUCCAAGAAGCAACGACGGAAAAUGUAAAAAUUUUCGAUAGUUACGGUGAUUAUCAAAGGAUUCCGUUGCAAGGUCCAUGGGUGGUUAAAGUGCAUCCGGAUGGGACUCCUGUGAAGGGAAGUAGUUCGGAGACGGUACCGGAAGACGACGAUUUGAGACUUUAUCAAAUGACUAAAGUUGCAAUUCAAAGCUUGUAGGAUUCUUCAUCAUAUUCUUAUUAACACCUGUUUUCGCCUGUGAUACAAAAACGAAAAAGAUUAAAAACAAUGGAUAACGAUUAUUUAAAAAUGUAAAUUAAUUAAUAAUUUAUCAACUAAGUUAAGUUAAUGUUAAAGUUCUUUUUUAAUUUAGAAUGAUUACGUUCGCUUUUUGCAUGCUGUGAUUAUAAUGCAUUAUAAAAGAAAAAAAUUUGUAUAUUUCUUGUACAUAAAUUAAUAUUAUUAAUUUUUUUUUAA